AUGUCCUUUGAUGAGCUCCUGGAUCAAGUUGGAGGCAUGGGGAGAUUCCAAAUCUUUCAGUUAGUUCUCUUUUUUAUUGUCAAUGUCUUAACAUGCCCUCAUAUUAUAUUGGAGAACUUCACUGCAGCAAUUCCUGAUCAUCGCUGCUGGGUACAGAUUCUGGACAAUAACACACUCUCUGGUAAUGACAAUGGGACCCUCAGCCAAGAUGCCCUCCUGAGGAUCUCCAUCCCACUGGACUCAAACCUAAAACCACAGAAGUGCCGUCGCUUUAUCCAUCCCCAGUGGCAGCUGCUUCACCUGAAUGAGACCAUCACCAACACAACCGAGUCAGACACUGAGCCCUGUGUGGAUGGCUGGGUGUAUGACCGAAGUUCUUUCCCCUCCACCAUCAUAACUGAGUGGGAUCUGGUUUGUGGAUCUCAGUCAUUAAGAUCAGUGGUUCAAGCUCUGUUUAUGACUGGGUCACUGCUGGGAACUCUGAUAUAUGGCAUUCUUUCAGACUGUUUUGGGCGGAAGGUGGUUUACCUGUGGUGCUUACUCCAGCUGGGCAUCGCUGACACAUCUGCGGCCUUCGCCCCCACCUUCCUCGUUUACUGCUUACUACGCUUCUGGGCUGGGUCAAAUGUCUCAACUAUCAUGCACACUUCUUUUUCUCUUGUGUCAGAAUGGACAACAACCCGAAGGAAGUCUCUGGGAAUAAUUUUGAUAUUGUCUUCCUUCAGUAUUGGGCAGAUGUUCCUUGGAGGACUGGCUUUUGCCAUUCGAAGCUGGUACACACUGCACCUGACCCUGUCUAUACCCUUGUUUGUCCUCUUCUUGCCCUCCAGGAAGCUUGUUGAGUCCUUCCGUUGGCUGAUUGUCAGAAAUCAGCUAGAAAAUGGCAUAAAGGAACUUAGAAGAGUUGCACACAUAAACGGAAAAAAGAAUACUGAAGAGAUCCUGACCACAGAGUAUGUGAAAUCCACCAUACAGAAGGAGUUGGAUGAAAUUCAGAUCAAAACAUCAGUUUUUCAAUUGCUCCAUGCACCCAAAGUGAUUAUGAGAACCAGCUGCUUGAGCUUUAUCAGAUUUGCAAAUGCUGUGUCCUUUUAUGGCCUAGUACUCACCUGCAGAUCUGGGGAACAUACUUUCCUGUUCCAGGUUCUCUUUGGAGCCAUCAUGCUCAUAGGCAGAUUCAUUUCCUUUUGGACUCUGAAUUACAUGGGUCGUCGAACAAACCAGAUACUGUUCUCCUUCCUGGCAGGAGUUUCCAUUCUGGUCAACACAUUUUUGCCCCAAGAAAUGCAAACUCUGCGUGUGGUUUUAGCGACUUUGGGAAUUGGAGCUCUUUCUGCUGCAAACACAGGUUGUGCAUUCCACCAACUUGAGCUGAUCCCCACCAUAUUCAGGUCAUAUACUGGGAGCAUCACUCUGAUAUUCUACAGAACUGGGGGAAUAUUCGCUCCUCUCCUGAUGACCUUACAGGGUUAUUCUCCCCAUCUAACCUGGAUCAUCUAUGCAGUCAUCACCCUCCUUGCAGGUCUUCUUGCCUUGCUCCUUCCAGAAACCAGAAACCAGCCUCUUGUUGACACCAUCCAGGAGGUGGAAAAUGACACAAAAUAUUCAAGAAAAGUAAAGCAGGAAGAUACUUCCACGAAAGUAACGCAGUUUUAA